AUGGCGGCAUAUUUUCGAAAUGAUGGUUGGAAAGAAGACAUCGUUCUCAAAGAAGAAAUGGCUAAAUAUGUAAAACAGGGUUUUCAACGGAGAGAAAUGUUAGAUUUUUUGAAAAGGGAUUUUGCCCAAUAUGCAUGGAGCCUUCGCACUGUCGACAGACGCCUUCGUCACUUUGACAUACAGUACAAUGACAAAAAUGUGUCGGUGGAGGAAGUUAAAGAUGUUGUAAAAAAGGAGCUUGACGGACCAGGAAAACUGUUAGGAUACAGAGCAAUGCACCGAAAAGUCCGACAAGUUCAUGAUCUCAAUGUUCCACGAGAUUUAGUUCAUGCGGCAAUGUAUGACCUCGACCCGAAGGGUCUGGAAGCCCGUGGACCAGUUGGCAAAAAGAAAACGAUCCCCAAGGGAAGUUUUACAACAAAAGGCCCUAACUGGGUCCAUUCACUAGAUGGCCAUGAUAAACUAAUGGGCUACCGAAACAGCACUUUCCCAUUAGCAGUAUAUGGCUGCAUCGAUACUGCUAGUAGAAAGCUGUUAUGGCUGCGGAUCUGGGUCACUAACAGCGACCCCAAGGUAAUUGGCCGUUGGUAUUUGGAGUAUUUAUAUGAGGCUAGAAUUAUGCCUUCAAUGAUAAGGCUGGACAGAGGAACAGAGACCGGCACGAUGGCAACGAUACAUGGCUUCUUGCGAAGAAACCAUGAUGAUAUGGAUGACCCAUGUGAAUCGAUCAUUUACGGGCCAUCGACAUCAAAUCAAGUAAGCACUUAUUUGUUUGUGUACUUUUUUUAUGUAUCGGUUAAAAAGAAGUGUGAAUGCAACUGGAGUUGUCACAUUAGGUUGCUUUUUCUAUGUUUUUGUUUGCAUUAUAGUGCAUAAUCGACCAUUUUUGAUAAUUUUUUUAAAGAUCGAGAGAUGGUGGAGGGAACUCCACGAGAGAAUGGAAAAAUAUUUCAAGGAGCAACUCAACUGGUUAAAGGACCGAGGUCAUUAUAAUCCACAUAGUGAGAGAGACAGGUACAUAUAG